AUGGCCAGUCCCCAGGGAAGCGUAACCUAUUCGCGGAGACCUCCACUUCUUCUGAGCCCACACAGAUCUCGAAAGGGCGCCUUCAGCACUUUCGUCUUCAAGUCGAAUUCAAGUUUUGUUUCCUCCCAGCCUAAUACCCCUGCCACCGCGGUCCCCACCGACGCUCCUGUUGUUGGCAGGUCUGACGCUGGGGCUACCUGGAGCCCAUAUCGACUCCGCCGUGGCACUGCUGGACACCGUGGCGCGGGAAAUCACGCUGCAAGAAAUCGCCAAAGACCAGAGCGCGAUCCAGGAGAUCCUCGGAAAGCGAUGUACAGCGCAGAGCCCAGAUUGAAGAUGUUACCCCGCGUUGGCAAGUGCGCUGAGGGGAAUUGGUGGCCAUUCUCUGAAGCACCGCAAGGCUUCGUUCAAUGUAGGGAAACGCAUCCCGGGAUUCAGGAUAAGGAUGCAUGCAGAUGGCUUGGAGAACUUCGGAAAGAUAUUCGAGAUGGCGGGCGGUUUGGUGGACGACGCGCAUCAGGAAGUCGAGAAGAAAGGAUUGGACAAUUAGGGAUGCUGUGCACUGCGGAUUAG